AUGAUGAUUGAAAGUAUGAGUUACGACACAAAAAGGGUGAACGGUUCUGUUUGUAAAGCUGUUCUUCAGUGCUGUCCUAAUUCACAUCCAUUCGAAGAACGUACACUUACUCUUGAUCUACCUGUGAAGAUUGGUCGUUUGUUGGCUAAAGCUAAAGUCAGUCCACACAAUGGAAUUUUCGAUUGCAAAGUUUUAUCAAGAAACCACGCCCUGCUCUCUCACGAAAAUGGAAAAUUCUAUUUACAAGAUACAAAAAGUAGUAAUGGUACAUUUGUUAACAACCAUCGACUCAGUAAAAGUGGGGAAGAGUCAAAACCGCAAGAAGUGUUUAGUGGAGAUGUAGUCCAAUUUGGUGUUGACGUUAUUGAAAACACUAAAAACAUUUCUCAUGGCUGUAUUACAGCUGUACUGAAAUUAUAUAAUGCCGAUGGUACUGAGGCUAAAUCUAAUCCUGAAAUUAAUUUUAUAAACGAUGUGUCUACUCAAGAUUUGUGCAAUAUAGAUAUUUACAUACGAGAUGCAUUACACAGGGAAGCUAAUUUAGAAAAUAAAUUAUUUAACUUAGAGAGAUUGUUAUCAAACAUAAUUGGUGAAACAGACAAUACUUGGAAAGCCUUAGUAGCUGAAGACCGCUUACUAUCCAAAAUUGAAUUUUUAGAAAAUCAACUACAGUAUUAUAAAAAAGAACAUGGAGAAGAUGAAAUGAAACAAGAAAUAUUUGACUUAAAACAAUACAAAUAUUCAAACCAAGGAAUGGCUAAAGAUUGUUUAAAAAAAGAAAUGACAGAAAAACUGAAAACAAUGCAGAAGUGUCAAGAACUAGAAAAUUUAUUAAAGCAUUCUACAAAUGAGCAAAGUGUCUUGAUGAAACAUCUGGAUGAGGCACAAGAAGAAAUUAAAGAAGUAUGUACUAAGCUUAAUACGGAAAUUGCUAAUCAUGAGAACAGUGUUAAAGUAUUUGAUUUAUCUAAAGAGCUAUAUGAAAAAGAAUUAAAAACAUUAAAAGAAACAAAAAAUGAAAUAGAUAUGCGUUUACAUAGUCGAUGUGAAGAAAUUGAACGGUUACAAGCUGAAAUAACUAAAAUGAAUUAUGAGAUUAAUACACGUAAUGUACUUCUUUUGACAUUACAAAAUGAACAUGAUCUUACAGAAGAUAUUUCUUUAAAUAAGUACUUUAAUGAUAUAAUGUCUUAUAUUGUACACAUAUUACAAGACCGCCAAACAUACUUAAAUCAAAUAAACUCACUUCAAAGUCGAAUGCAAAAACACAUUAAACAAAAAGCAUUCAUUGAAAACCAAGUAUGCCAAUUACAAACAGAGCUUGAUCUUAAUCAAGAGUCAUUGGUUAAUUGUAUUAAAAAUAAAAGUGUGAAUGACAUGGAUUCUGAUCCUGAUCAAUUGAAAAUGAUUAUAUUAAAUGAUAAUGAUAAUUUGAAAAAUAUUGAAGAUUUAUCCAAAAACAUUGAUAUUCAAACCGAAUUUUAUAAACAGAAAUCUGAUGACAUUGAAUUUAGAUUAUCUGAAGUUAAAGAUGUCUUGUUAGACUGUAUAAAUAAUUUAGAUGAUCAAGAAUCUAGUAUAAAACAUCUAAAAAAAGAACUUUCUUGUAAAGACAUUGUACUAUUGUUAAUUUCUGACUAUUUAUGUCAUAUAUCAAGUAUUGAUUCCAACAAUAUAAAUAAUGUGCCAGAUAUACUACAGAAAAAUAUUUGCUCUUUUAACAACUCAAUGAGUGAAAAUGUCUGUUUAGAUCUAAAUGUUUCUAAAAUAGAGUAUAAUAUUAAAAAUGAAUCCUCAUUACAAAAAAAAUAUGUUGUAAAUGAAAUUUUACCAGAUUCUCAGACUGAUGGAUAUUUAAUUCAAGAAAUCAGUUCUGAUGUAGAAACUAAAGCAGAUUCUGAACAGGACCAAAAUUUAGUACUGGAACAAAUUCGUAAUGAAUAUGAUACAUGUUUAAAAGAAAAAAAUAAAUUGAAAUAUGAGUUAGAGCAAACCAUGCAGAAGUGCAAAGAAUUAGAACAAACUCCAAACUUCCAUUUAUUUUUUGCGUUACCUUCAAUAGUAUUAUUUUUAGUCUUAGUCAUACGAUUUUAUUCUUAUUUGUCUUAUUUAACAGGAACAACUGAAUAA